AAAAAAAACCUGUUUAAGAAGCUGAGACAAAGGUACAGAUUCUCAGAGCAGAGUUCUGUCUAUGAAAAUGGAAGUCGAUUGGGAUCUUCACGCCGUGGUCAGAGGCUACUCCGCCGUGUCCUCCGCCGCCACCAUUCCCUCUUCUGACUUUUACUCUGUUUCUUCCACUUCUAAUAACUCUACCCCUUUUGCUUUUGGUAGAGACCUAACCAACCAAACAAACCAUUUCUUCUCCCUUCAAGAUCCAUUCGAAGGGCCUAAUUGUAAUUCCACUGAAGAAUUGCAUGAGCUUUUCAAACCCUUUUCCCCUAAACCUCUACCUUCUCCGCCGCCACCGCCACCGUCUGCUCCGCUGCUGCUUUCUUCUCCGGCGGCUAAGAUUCUGACCCAUCAGAAGCAACGGCAGAACACCCAUGUCCCCAAACAGCUCCAUUCAGCCCCUGUUUCUGCGUCAAGAUCUAAACGCCGGAAGAAUCAGCUGAAGAAAGUCUGUCAAGUUCCGGCGGAGUCUCUGUCUUCGGAUAUUUGGGCUUGGCGGAAAUAUGGCCAAAAACCCAUUAAAGGAUCUCCAUAUCCAAGGAANUAUUACAGAUGUAGCAGUUCCAAGGGUUGCAUGGCCCGGAAACAAGUCGAGCGGAACAGAUCCGACCCGGGAAUGUUCAUAGUCACAUACACGGCGGAGCACAACCACCCAGCGCCGACUCACCGGAAUUCUCUCGCCGGCUCUACCCGUCAAAAGCCCAACACGCAAACGCCGGCUUCCUCCGGAUCCGAAAAACCCGACCCGAAGCAGCCCGUUUGUUCGUCGGAAGACCAAAGUACGAUCACAGAGAGCAAAGAAGAGAAAGAGGAAUUGUUAGCCGAAGAUGAAGAAGACGACGAUCUGGGUGUCUCCGAUUUGAUCGUGAACGACGAUUUCUAUAUGGGUUUUGAAGAACUCGACAGCCCAAUCACCGACGAGUGUUUUUCCGAUCAAUUUCCGGCGAAUUUCGAGCUUCCAUGGUCGUUCAACGGAGACCCAGACAGCGAAAUUGUAAAACUCCCCUGGUAAACUAAAUUCCAACCCAUUUUUUUUUCUGUUUUCAGAUAGAGAUCUGUAAAAUCAAAGUUAGAGCAAAGAUUUGAACAAUGUUUUAACGAAGUCAUGAUGUUCUCUGUAUCCAUUUUUCUUUUCCCUGUAAUUUUAGAACAAAAAUUGUAGAAGAACAGUGAUUUUGAAGUGCGAGAUGGAGUGGGUUUUGUGGGAA